AUGAAAAACGGCAUAAGCAUCUGUAUUCUUCUGGUUGGAAUCUGUAUCAUAAUAGGAUGUGGCAUUGGUACAUUAAUAUACAUAAUUGAGCAUAAAGAAGAGAGUAAAACUAAGAAAAGUGCACCAGAAUCAAAACAAGACGAAAAAUCAAAGACAGAAGAGACACCGAAAACAGAGACAAAGCCACAAGAAUCGCCAAAGCCGAAGCCAAAACCAAAGCCAAAAUUGAAGCCAAAGAUAAAAUCAACAACAAAACCACGACCUAAGCAAAGAAGGAAACCAAAAACUGUACAAAAACUCAAAUCACAACCGGAAACAUCACCAAAUUCAAGGCCAUCGAGAAAACCAGGACCAAGAAGGAUCAUACCACCAAAAGAAACAUCCAAAUCAACAACUAUAAAAAUCAAAGAUCGUGAUAAAACCCCAAUAGAAACAAAUCCACAGAAUGUAAAUCCAAUUCAAGCAAAUCCCAAACCAAUACGUGAAUCACCAGUAGAAUCGCCAGUAGAAUCGCCAAUACGUGAAUCGCCAGUAGAAUCACCAAGUAGACAAUCUGAACCUAUAAAACAGUGGUGGGAACGAAAGGAGUUUAUGGAUAGUUUAGCACGCAAACCAAUCAGAAGAACUAGAGAAUCAGAAUCAAGUGAGAAUUAA